AUGCUGGGCCGCCGCCGCAACGCGGGCAGGCUGCUGGGCUCCGGCGUGGUCCGCGGCGCUCUGGGGGACCGCCACCGCGUCGCUGCUGUUGUCCUUGGCCCGCCAAGCUGCGAGCCAUCAGCGCUGGCCGGGCACCCGCCGCCGCCGGCCCUCCGUCUCGCCGGACCCCCACAGCUGCUGCCGCUCCCGGAGCGCCUGGGCCGUGUCCCGGAUGCCGGCGCCGCGACGUCCCGUGCAGCACCUCCCGCCCGUGCGCGCGCUGGUUGCUCGCCGCGGGGCGCGCCGAGUGCCAGCCAGCCGCCUUGCCGCCCGGCCGCCCGCGGCACACCGCUGCGUCUCGCCUCGUGCACGCCGCACGCGCGCCGCACGUGCGGAAUCGGGAACCGCCCAAGCAGGAUAUCAAGCUCCACUAUGGCAGCACUUAGUGUGCCUGUGACAGCAAUGGCUACUGAGAGUGGUGAGAAUGGAAGACUUUCUUAUGCCGUGUCAGCUAUGCAAGGAUACCGUGACAAUAUGGAAGAUGCUCACAAAGCUGUUUUAAAUCUUGAUGCUGUAACUGCCACAUCAUUCUUUGGUGUUUAUGAUGGCCAUGGAGGACCUGCUGUUUCAAAGUACUGCGCGAAACACUUACACAAUGAGCUUCGCAAACAUGCGGACUUUGGUCAUGAUCCCAUUGCUGCACUUCAGAGAACGUUCUUAAGGAUGGAUGAGAAGAUGAAAACCAGGAAGGCAGCAAAGGAAUUAUGUGAAUAUGGUGGUAAUGAAUAUUGGGAAAACUAUAAAAAGGCUAUCCACAGCAGUCGUUUUCGUUUCUGUUGGGCGGAGAAGCCUCCCUAUGAUGGGCCAAUUUCAGAUGGAUGUACCGCAUGUGUGGUUCUCAUUAGAGGCAACCACAUCAUUGUAGCGAAUGCUGGUGAUUCUCGUUGUGUACUCUCAAGGAAUGAUCAUCCAAUUGCGUUAUCCACCGAUUUCAAACCAGAUGUCCCGGGCGAAAGAGUAAGAAUAGAAAGUGCAGGACGUAGUGUUACUGUAACUGAAGCUAGAGGAAAUAUCCCUCGUAUUGAUGAAGGAAUUGCGAUCUCAAGAUCACUUGGUGACAUGACGUACAAGGAUGUCGAAGGUUUAUCUCCCCUACAACAACCAAUUACUGCCCUUCCUGAAGUUCGCACAGAAGAUAUAACUCAUGAUGCCCAGUUUCUUAUUUUAGCAUGUGAUGGAAUCUGGGAUUGCAUGACAAACCAGCAAGCAGUUGAUUUUGUAAGGAUGUACUUAGCUUCUGACGUAAGCCUGGCGUACAUCUGUGAGGCCAUUCUUACACACUGCGUAGCAACCCCUAGAGGGAGGGACAACAUGACUGUCAUGCUGAUUCGGUUCAAGAUCACCCCACCUCCACCACCGCUACCCCCAACCAUCCCACCUGCCAGUGGCCAUAGUGAUGAUAAGGUGCCGCCAGCUGCUACCACAACCGAAGCUGGUUCGUCCUCGCGCUCCUAGAGCUCAGAGUUCGUUUUGUUAGGAAAAGAUGAGCUUGCUUACCAUGGUUCGUUCAUGUGGUGCAUCUUAUCCCCGACAGAGUUUUGGAGUCGUUUUAUCAGGACAAGUUGAACUUGAUUUUUGUCUGCUAUAGUAUGAUUUCCUAUGAGAGUAGCUUGUCGUACUAGGUACUGACGACGGAGGUUUUGGCCUGCGAGCCAUAUGUUUGGGUUAACAUACCAGUAUUCUUGUUUUGUACGGUCUGGAGG